AUGUCUCAAGCCCCAGGUGGAAAAAAGGGCGGGAAGGGCCCUCCGAAGAAGGUUCCCGAAGAAGAAAAAGUUAUUAUCAAAGCUGAUGAGAAAGAUGAGACAUCCUCGAACAAUGGAGAUAAAAAAGAGAUUAAAGAAGGGAAUGGGAUGGUCGAUGUACCUAAGCCUCCUAGUGCGGGAGUCAACAUGCGAGAGGCUGCGGCGAAAAUCCUGGUACUGGCGCAAAAAGGGGAAUGGCCUGCUGUGGAGCAAACCCUCAAGGUGCUGGAAAAGUUGGUGGCGGCCGGUGGAGAUGAUGCUGUUUCCGUCCCUAUGGCAGGCAUAAUUGACCCGACAACCGGUAUGACACCCCUCAUGUACGCUGUGAAAGACAACCGCACGUCAUUCGUAGAGAGACUCAUCGAACUCGGGUCGGACGUCGGAGCGAGGAAUAAUGACAACUACAAUGUGCUUCAUAUAUCUGCCAUGUAUUCGAGGGAAGACAUCGUCAAACUCUUGCUGUCCAAACGAGGUGUCGAUCCUUUCGCUACGGGAGGGAGUCGUCAACAAACAGCCGUACAUUUAGUAGCGAGCAGACAAACAGGAACAGCUACCAGCAUCCUCCGAGCUUUACUUACAGCCGCUGGCAAGGAUAUAAGGCUACGAUCAGACGGCAGGGGCAAGAUCCCGUUGCUGUUGGCUGUAGAAGCCGGCAACCAGAGCAUGGUUCGAGAGCUGCUUAGUGCGCAAACAGCAGAGCAACUUAAGGCCUCUACUUCGGCGGGAGACACAGCUUUACACUUGGCAGCACGGAGAAGAGAUGUGGACAUGUCCCGUAUCUUGAUAGAUUACGGCGCAGCUGUAGAUGCUGUAAACGGUGCAGGACAAACAGCGUUGCAUAUAGCAGCGGCGGAAGGAGACGAACCGCUUGUAAAAUAUUUCUACGGCGUUCGAGCCAAUGCAGCCAUUGCUGAUAAUGAAGAUCGCACUCCAAUGCAUCUAGCUGCUGAAAAUGGUCACGCAGCAAUUAUUGAACUUUUGGCUGACAAGUUCAAGGCGUCGAUCUUCGAGAGAACAAAAGAUGGAAGUACACUUAUGCACAUAGCUUCGUUAAACGGUCAUGCUGACUGUGCUAUGAUGCUAUUCAAGAAGGGUGUCUAUCUUCACAUGCCAAAUAAGGAUGGUGCUCGAAGUAUUCACACAGCAGCAAGAUACGGUCACGUGGGAAUCAUUAACACUUUACUCCAGAAGGGGGAAAGCGUCGAUGUCACUACUAACGAUAACUAUACAGCCCUCCACAUAGCAGUAGAGUCGUGUAAACCUGCUGUAGUGGAGACCUUACUUGGUUACGGUGCUGAUGUUCACAUACGAGGCGGCAAACAGAGAGAAACUCCACUACACAUAGCUGCUAGAAUUCCUGACGGUGAUAAAUGUGCAUUAAUGUUGCUCAAGUCGGGCGCUGGACCAAACAAAGCUACUGAAGAUGGUAUGACGCCAGUGCAUGUUGCAGCGAAAUAUGGAAACCUGACCACUUUAGUGCUUUUGUUGGAAGAUGGUGGAGACCCUUUAAGAAAAACAAAGUCGGGUGAAACACCUCUUCAUAUGGCAUGUCGGAGCUGCAAACCAGAUGUUGUGCGACAUUUAAUAGAAUUUGUCAAAUCACAUAAAAGUGAAAAAGUUGCAACUUCUUACAUUGAUACCGUUGAUGAGGAUGGCGCAAGCGCAUUACACUUUUCCGGUCAAAUAACAAAAGAGGAAGUCAAAAUACCUUCUGCUGAUAAAGAAGUGGUCAAAUGUCUUAUGCAAAAUGGUGCUGAUGUGUCUUUGCAAACCAAACAUGAUCAUGAAACGGCUUUUCACUUUUGUGCGAUCGCAGGUAAUAAUGACGUAUUGACAGAAAUGAUUACCGAUAUGUCUACUGCUGAUGUAAGUCGAGCUCUUAAUAAACAGAAUUCAAUUGGAUGGACCCCUUUGUUGAUCGCAUGUAAUCGAGGGCACAUGGAACUUGUUAAUACUUUACUUACCAAUCAUGCUAGAGUAGAUGUAUUUGAUAUUGAAGGAAGAUCCGCUUUACAUUUAGCCGCUGAACACGGAUAUCUGCAAGUAUGUGACGCUUUACUAACAAACAAAGCUUUUAUUAAUUCUAAAGCGAGAAACGGACGUACAGCUCUUCACCUUGCAGCAAUGAAUGGUUUUGCGCAUUUGGUUAAAUUUUUAAUCAGAGACCAUAAUGCGAUGAUAGAUGUACUCACGUUAAAGAAACAAACUCCUCUACAUUUAGCAGCAGCGAGUGGACAAAUUGAAGUAUGUAGGUUGUUGCUUGAACUUGGUGCCAAUAUAGAUGCUACAGAUGAACUUGGUCAGAAGCCUAUUCAUGCUGCUGCGCAAAAUAACUACUCAGAAGUUGUGCAGUUAUUUUUACAGCAACAUCCAAAUCUUGUAAUGGCUACUACUAAAGACGGAAACACUUGUGCGCACAUAGCUGCUAUACAAGGUUCUGUAAAAGUAAUAGAGGAACUGAUGAAGUUUGAUAGAACUGGUGUGAUAUCAGCGAGAAAUAAAUUAAAUGAUUCGACGCCUUUACAAUUGGCGGCCGAAGGAGGUCAUGCGGAUGUAGUUAGGGUUUUAGUAAGAGCUGGAGCUUCAUGCUCGGAAGAAAACAGGUCUGGAUUAACGGCUGUUCACUUGGCAGCAGAACAUGGCCACACAAAUGUAUUAGAUGUAAUGCGUUCCACGAAUACGUUAAGGAUUUCGAGUAAAAAGUUAGGUUUAACGCCCUUACAUAUUGCAGCGUAUUAUGGUCAAGCAGAAACGGUUCGUGAACUUCUCUCUCACGUCCCAGGAACUGUCAAAUCCGAACCUCCUACAGGGGUGUCGUUGGUGCCGAUAUUAGGUGCAGAAUCAGGACUCACUCCACUCCACCUUGCUGCUUACAAUGGUAAUGAAAAUGUUGUGCGAUUGUUACUUAAUUCCGCUGGAGUACAAGUUGACGCUGCUACUAAUGAAAAUGGUUACAAUCCACUUCAUUUAGCAUGUUUCGGCGGACAUAUGUCUAUAGUAGGCCUACUUUUGAGUAGAUCAGCUGAAUUACUUCAAAGUACAGACAGACAUGGAAAAACCGGUCUGCAUAUAGCAUCUACACAUGGACAUUAUCAAAUGGUCGAGGUGUUACUCGGGCAAGGAGCUGAAAUUAACGCAACAGAUAAAAACGGUUGGACACCAUUACAUUGUGCUGCAAAAACUGGGUAUCUUAACGUAGUAAAAUUAUUAUGCGAAUCAGGAGCAUCGCCAAAAAGUGAAACAAAUUUGAAUUGUGCACCAAUUUGGUUUGCCGCUUCGGAAAACCAUAAUGACGUCCUAGAAUACCUUUUACAUAAAGAGCAUGAUACACAAUCACUAAUGGAUGACAAAAGAUUCAUAUAUAAUUUAAUGGUGUGCUCAAAAAAUCACAACAAUAUACCCAUUGAAGAAUUUGUGUUAGUUUCACCGGCACCUGUAGAUACGGCAGCAAAACUGUCUAAUUUAUAUAUUAAUUUAUCGACUAAGGAGAAGGAGCGUGCCAAAGACCUCAUUGCAGCUGGAAAACAAUGUGAAGCUAUGGCUACAGAACUGUUAGCGUUAGCUGCUGGUGCUGAUUCUGCCGGUCAUAUUCUUACCGCUACGGAUAAUAGAAAUAUAGAAUUCUUAGAUGUUUUAAUAGAAAACGAACAAAAAGAGGUCAUCGCGCAUACAGUCGUACAGAGAUAUCUUCAGGAACUCUGGCGAGGGAGCCUCAAAUGGACGGGCAUUAAAAUAAUGUUCCUUUUUUUUGCAUUUAUAAUUUGUCCACCUGUGUGGCUAGUUUUCUCACUUCCAUUAGGACAUAAAUAUAAUAAAAUUCCCAUAAUUAAGUUCAUGUCAUAUCUAACGUCGCAUAUUUACCUUAUGGUUUUAUUAUCACUAGUGGCAAUUACGCCAAUUUACAAUUCUAUAUUUAGAGAAAGUCUAGUACCUAGGUGGUAUGAAUGGAUGCUAUUAGUGUGUCUAAGUGGUCUUUUACUAUUUGAAUUAACAAACCCUAGUGAUAAAUCUGGUCUAGGUUGGAUAAAAAUUGCAGUUUUAUUAUUAGGUAUGAUUGGUGUAGCCACCCAUGUUGUUGGAUGGAUUUUUGUAUUACCUAAGUAUUGGCCAACUCUAAUGUAUUGUAGAAAUCAAUUUUUUGCAUUAUCAUUUUUGCUAGCGUGUGUACAGAUAUUAGACUUUUUAUCCUUCCACCAUUUGUUCGGCCCUUGGGCGAUUAUUAUUGGUGAUCUCAUGAAAGACUUAGGACGAUUUCUUGCAGUCUUAGCGAUAUUCGUAUUUGGAUUCUCAAUGCAUAUCGUGGCGCUGAAUCAACCGUUUAGGAAUAUAUACAAACCAGAAGACAACAAAUACGCCAGAACAGCCAGAAGAAAACUUUUUUCAGACGUGACCAUGAAUCCAUUUUACUCCUUCGAGCUGCUGUUCUUUGCGGUGUUCGGCCAGACGACGACGGAGCAGACGAGAGUGCAUCGCAACGACAGCAACACGCAGCCGGCUUGGACGAAUUAUUUAUUCAAAAUCGUCUUCGGUAUCUACAUGUUGGUGUCGGUGGUUGUACUGAUUAAUCUACUCAUUGCCAUGAUGUCAGACACGUAUCAGAGGAUACAGGCACAAUCAGAUAUAGAGUGGAAGUACGGUUUGUCUAAGUUAAUUCGCAAUAUGCAUCGCACGAACACAGCUCCGUCGCCUCUGAAUCUCGUGACGACGUGGCUCAUGUGGCUGAUACAUAGGUGUAAGGAGCGGCUGAGUAAAAAGAAACGACCUAGUCUAGUGCACAUGAUCGGGAUGCAACGACAAGAUCAGAUGAGCGCAAGAUCCAAGGCUGGCGCCAAGUGGCUGUCUAAGGUCAAGAGAGGACAAGUAGUGCCAAAAGAUUCAACACGUCUUUCGGUUGUCCACCUCAGUCCUUUAGGUUCACAGCUAAGCUUCAGCAACAUGACAAGGAUAGAAAACGUUGUUGAUUGGGAGGUAAUCGCUAAGAAGUAUAGGGCUCUAAUGAGGGACGAGCCAGAGGAACCGGUGAAUAAGGACAGCGAAUCGGACACAGUCGAUGAUGAAUCAGAAAUAAUUCCUAACAAUGUCGCUGCAGCGCCACCUUGAACCGACGAUGUGUCUGUUUUGAAAAGCAGAGUACAUGGUUCUGAAAAUUAAAAAAAGUGUUUCGAGUCUAUGUGAAAUAUUUUUUACAUAGACUCGACGGCUAAACAUAUCCCAUUUUUUGAAUG